UUGGUGAACCCUGCUGUUAAUACGGAACUGAGGGUACAUUUAAUUGCUUUUUUUACACUAGUUUUGUUACGGUAGUGAAAACCUUUAUUACGUUCACUGAAGUAUUACGCAGAACAGAAACAUGACAAAAAUAGUUAUUUUAAAAUAAAAAAUAAAUUAAUACGAGCGUUACGAUAAGUUAUAUAUAUAAGUAUUUAGAUACAAUCAUAAAAAGUAUUUUGGCUUUAUCUAAAGUGUUAAACUAUAUUGUUUUUGGAAAGAAAAUGAAUUUUCUCAGAAACAGAAAUUCUGUUCUGACAUACCAUUAAAUCAAAAGCAUAAAAAUAAAAUAUUCUAUUCAGAUACAAGAAUAUCUCAGCGGAAUACACAACAAUGCUCUUAAUAACUUAAAGUAAAAGUAUGAUAUUGAGAAUCUUUUUCCAGCAAUAAAUUACAUUAUUAGUUACAAAAAAAUAAAACAGGAAACCAAAAAAAAGAAAAAAGAAAAAAAGAGCAGCAUUGAGUUAUUCUUUUUUUUUUUGCAAGCAGAACUGUUAAAAAAGCACAAAAAUUUUAUGUAUUUUUUCUCUUUUCAUUUCAUUAUUGAGUUUGUAUAAAUAAUAUAAACGAGAUCAAAGCACCAGUACUGCUCAGUUUUUAUUUUGACAGAUAUGGCUGGAGAAAGAGAUAAAGACAGAAGAUUAUCUAAAAGAUCUUUAUUUGGAACGCAAGCGUUUAUCAACAUACAUCGUCAAAAACGUUUUUCUUUAUCUCAAAGAAACAUAAAAACUGUAGAAUCUAGAGGUCAAUCUGGCGGCAGUAAUACAUAUUCAGUUUCGAACUCUGAUACUGACGAUGAUCAAAUUAUAAAAUCAGUUUGUAAAAUGAAGCCAUUGUCCAUUAAGUCACUUUUUUCCGAAGCUAAUAAAUAUAUUUGUUUGAUGUGUCCAUAAAAUGGAAAACUUAUAUGUGGGCCUGAGCCAAAUUUGCAAAAACAUAUAUUUCAUAUUCAUAAAAAACCGGAGAACCUUAACGAUUCUCAAAAAAAAAAAAAAUUGCUCAAGAUCAAUUCCUCGAAACGCAGAACAGAGAUGAAAUAGAUGAAGCCAUAAUAAAUUGUAUUAUUCAAGAUAGCCGCCCUUUCAACGAUUUUCAUAAACCUGGUAUGCAACUCCUUCUAAACAUUCUUGCUCCGCAUUACAAGCCGCCUCAUCGAAAGAUAAUAGCUAAUCAAUUAAGAAAACGGUAUUAUCAAUACAAAAACGAUUUUUAAGCUAAGCUUAAAUUAGUUGCCUACAUAGCACUAGCAACAGAUUUGUGGAAAAAUUGAGUUGGAUCGUAUUGGCUUUGUAUAACAGCGCAUUAUUUAGCAAAAAAAUUUAAAUACAAAUCAAAAGUUUGUUUUCGUAGGUUUUAUGGAAGGCAAUUAAGUAAUAGACUUACAACAUUUGUACAAAAAGAAAUUAAUAAACUUGAAAUUGAAUCUAAAAUUAUUUCAGUUAC